AUGGCGGACGCAAGCAGAACCCCCGAGGACGUAGCUACGGAUUACGAUCUUCUCCCAAAACUAGUCACCCAUCUCGAUCGCCAUUUGAUAUUCCCUCUCCUCCAGUUUGCCGAAGAUGCAGAGGGCUCGCCAUCCACUGCGAGAGCGCAGUUCGAGCUGUUGAAAAAGACGAACAUGACCGAUUUCGUGGCGAGAUUAUACUGUGUGAUGGAAGAUAUAGAUGACCCACCAAAAGAAUAUGCGACAAAGAGACAGGAGGUUCUAGACAGGCUGGAGAAAUAUGAGAAUGAGAGUCAGCAGAUUACAGAUCUUCUCGGCAGAGAAGAUGUCGUUACUGGUCUGCGAAGUGAUAAGUUGGCGAAUUUGGAGUUCUUGAAGAAAGAGCAUGGUGUCACUUUGGAUAUGGUUAACGUUCUUUAUGAUUUCGGAAACUUCCAAUACAGCUGUGGAAAUUAUGGCGCCGCUUCCGAACUCCUCUACCAAUUCCGAGUUCUUUCUACCGACAAUGACAAGGUUUCUGCUGCAACAUGGGGGAAACUAGCAUCUGAGAUCCUUACUGGAAACUGGGAGGCAGCUAUGGAGGAAGUCCAGAAAGUGAAGGAAUCGAUCGACACAAAACUCUUCAACAAUCCUCUCGCACAACUUACACACCGAACAUGGCUCAUCCACUGGUGCCUUUUCCCAUUUUUCAACUACGAACCUGCCCGCGAUACCAUUUGCGAACUUUUCUUUUCCGCCCCAUUUAUCAACACAAUCCAAACCGCCUGCCCGUGGAUUCUUAGAUAUCUCACAGCAGCCGUGAUCACCAACCGAAGUCGCACACGUAACACCGGCCAGUACCAGAAGCAGCUUAAGGAUAUUAUUCGUAUUGUUAAGCAAGAGAACUACGAGUACAGCGACCCGGUCACGGAUUUCAUUAAGGCUCUAUAUAUCGACUUUGAUUUUGAGGAGGCACAAAAGAAGCUUUCAGAAGCCGAGGAGGUUCUCCGUUCCGAUUUCUUCCUCCACGCUUCGUCAGAUCCAUUUGUAGAGGCGGCACGUCAUCUCAUCUCGGAAAGCUACUGCAAGAUUCACCAGCGUAUCGAUAUCAAGGACUUGAGCGCGAGAUUAGGUUUGAACCAGGAUGAGGGUGAGAAGUGGAUUGUCAACUUGAUUAGAGAUACCCGAGUUGAUGCCAAGAUCGAUUAUAAGGAGGGCACAGUAGUGAUGAACCACCCACCAAGCAGCGUGUACCAGCAAGUGAUUGAGCGGACGAAGGGUGGUUUCUUCAGGACACAAGUCUUGAGUGCUGCAGUUGCAAAAUGA